AUGAAGAGAAGAAAGCAUAAACAUAGUUACUGUGAAAACAAAGAGAAGAACAAAGACAGACUCAGUGACCUGCCCAACUGCCUUUUACUCCAUAUACUCUCCUUUUUGAAUGCCAAAAUAGUUGUUCAAACUUCCAUUCUCUCCAAGAGAUGGAAGAACCUUUGGAAGUCUCUUUCCGUCCUUAGAUUAACUUCUUCAAACUUCAAAACUGCCCGGGGUUCUUCAAACUUCCAGGCGGUCCAGAAUUUCAACAAAUUCAUGUCUAAAAUCUUAUCUCUUCGGGAUUACUCAGCCUCACUCCACACUCUCGAUGUUCACCGCUAUGCAAUUAGGGAACCUCGCCAACUCAAAUGGAUUAUAAAAUACGCAGUUUCACACAAUGUCCAACAUUUAGAUAUCUAUCUCAAAUGUCGUUUUCAACAGCUCCCCCCUUGCUUGUUUUCAUGUCGCACUUUAACGUCUCUUAAACUUUCUGUUUUCCGCUCUAGAUUGUAUACUAUGAAAGCCUUUUUCCCUAUUUCUCCAAAUUUGCCAGCAUUAACCAGUUUGUCUCUACAGUCAUUCACCUUUCUUGUCGGCGAUGAUGGACGCAUUGAGCCUUUUUCUUCGUUAAACAAGUUGAAUAGUUUGCUCAUUGACAAAUGUGAAGUUCUUGAUGCCCAAAACCUUUGCAUAUCAAGUGCCACACUUGUAAAUUUAACUAUAAUCAUGAGUUAUAGGGCACAUAAGGCCUAUUUCGGAUUUGAGCUAUCUACACCAAGUCUUUGUACCUUUAAUUUUAGUGGCUUUCCUGUUCAGAAACUCUGUGGAAGCAAUAGCAAUCUCUCCACUGUCAAACAUGCAAAUAUUGAUGUCGAUUAUUGGUUACAUACGGCAGACACUCCUUUGGUUCUACUCAAUUGGCUGGUUGAGCUUGCUAAUAUCAAAUCAUUGACAGUUACUUCCACUACUCUUAAGGUUCUUUCCCUUGUUCCCGAUUUAGUGAAGUUUGAGUUCUCUUUCUUGUGUAACAUGAAGUCACUGAAAGUAAAAAGGAAAUAUUCUUCAUCCGUACCUGAUGGAUUAGUGGACUUUUUGCUUCAAAACUCACCCUCGGCAAAGGUUGACAUUGUUGAUUGA